UUUAAACUUAUUCAUUCUUUAAUUCUAUGUGUACCAGAACUGAAAAAAAAUGAUGUUAAAUCCUAUUGAAAUUGUUUGCUAUUACGUUGCGCAACCCGUAAUAGAUUUUUUGGCCUAUUUGCUAAAUGAAGUGCACUAUUCAGCGUUUUUGGCUGGCAUUUGUGUAAUUGGCGUAUUGUUUGGGCUUCUCAUGGGCAUCGUAUCCGUCUUGUGGUAUAAGUGCUGUCGUCCCGAGUGCUACGAGCAGAAACCACAAAUGAAACCGGGUGGUGAGGGCGACUUAACUAAUGUCAAGAAGAAGAAAGAAUAAUCCACGCUGAUAUUUAUCAUUUCACAAAAUUUGAAUAAACCUUCGUGUUAAAUUUAAGAAA